AUGGCAGUAAACUCCCCCCAACCGGAACUCGCCGAAACAGUUGACUUCACACGACAUUCAUCAAUAAGGAAAGGUACCUCAUCAUUUGCAUACGCCCUCAGAUGGCUCGAAAGGAUUAUCAAACGAACUAAUCCAGAUCUACAAGCGCGCCUACUAGAAAACAUACCAGAGUUUCGCACUCACCACAUGGACGAUUUCAUUAGCGUGUCUGAAUACGACAGCAGCCUAAUGCUUCUCAUUCGGAAUCACCAAAAAGUUCACGUGGAAGGAAAAAUCAAUAUAAGACGAGACAAGCUUAUUCCUAUGAAGGACCCAAAGGGAAUCGUGCGAUGUCGGGGAAGACUUUGGAAUUCCGACCGUACGAAGGACGCCAAAUUUCCUAUCCUCAUCGCUGCAAAGACGCCAUUAGCACCAUUGAUCAUUGACGAAGCACAUGGCACAUUCCAUCUCAGUACCGCUCGUACGAUGACAAAAGUACGAGAAAAAUUCUGGAUUCCACAAUUGAGGAGACAAGUUCAAAAGAUCCUACGAAGAUGCGUCCCGUGCCAAAAGAUGAAUAAUUUACCCUUCCGAUACCCAGAAAUGUCAGACCUCCCUACUCGACGUGUAACGCGCACCAGACCAUUCCAGCAUGUAGGCAUUACUUCGGCCCGAUUACAACUAAGCAAGCUACGGAAGAACGAGACAAAGCUUACGGAAUAA